AUGAUUGAUCCCUUGCAGCAUAGGGAUGUCAGCGACCCAAGCAUUGAGAAUAGUGAAUACAAGACCGAGCCACUGUCGCCGUCAACACUGAAGGCAGCAGUUGUUGUGUCUGAAAAAGAGGAGGACAUUUCUCCCCCGGUCACCAAUAUCUCUCCGGCAAUCGAGCAAACUCCACCUGUCCAGCAAACGCGGCCUAACGGUAGAGCUGGCAACGAGCUACACGAAGCAUAUCCCAAGUCUGACUUGGAACUUCUUGACCACCAUAUCGACGAUGUUAGGAGUUUAAGGGUCGUGGUAAUCGGUGCAGGGUUGUCUGGCAUCCUAGCCGGUAUUCUGCUGCCUGUGAAAGUGCCCAAGAUUCAAUUGACUAUUCUUGAAAAGAAUGAUGAAGUGGGUGGUACUUGGUUAGAGAAUGUCUACCCAGGAGUGAGAUGCGACAUCCCGGCGCACGUAUAUCAGGCUACUUUCACGCCAAAUACGCAAUGGUCUCAGCAAUUUGCAGAGGGCCACGAAAUCCGUGAUUACUGGAAGGCGCAGGCUCGCAAAUACGAUGUGUACAAGUAUAUCCAAUUCGCACGCCGUGUGAAGGAUGUCAGUUGGAGCGAUGAGAAUUCGGAGUGGACCAUCACUGGAGUCAACCCUAAGGAUGAUCAGCCUUUUGAAGAAAAUGCAGACUUCGUUUUACCGGCCAUAGGUCGUUUCAACGACUGGAGACUGCCCAACUAUCCUGGUGUGUCUGAGUAUAAAGGCCAUCUGUGCCAUACCUCACAUUGGGAUCCCUCGUUCGACGCAACAGGCAAGACGGUCGCCAUCAUCGGUAAUGGAGCAAGUGGCAUCCAGGUUCUUCCCAACUUGCAACCGAUUGCGAAACACAUCGACCACUACGCUCGGUGUAAGACGUGGAUCGCGGCAUCAUGGGCCGGUGACGAACGAACUUUCGAGCCUCAAUGGUAUUCGGAAGAACAGAAGCGAGAACUGCUUGACCCGGGGAAAUAUCUCGAGUUUCGAAAACAAAUCGAAGGGAAGUAUUGGCAUCGAUUUGCCUCAACAUUUCGAGGGGCGGAAGCGAACACAGCAAUGCGAGACCGCUUUAUCGAGAUCAUGUCUCAGCGCCUUGUGAAAAAGCCUGAGCUCAUCAACAGCCUGAUUCCAGACUUCAACCCGAACUGUCGUCGCCUUACACCGGGACCGGGUUAUCUAGAAGCACUCACAGCCGACAACGUCACUCUGAUCCAGGAUCAUAUCAAACGAUUCACUGAAACCGGGAUUGAGACGGUCGACGGCCAGCAUCGUGUGGUGGACGCCAUUAUCUGCGCCACCGGCGCCGCGGUCGACAUGGUUCCUCCAUUCAGCGUCCGAGCACGAGGAAUCGACCUUCAAGACGCAUGGAAACCACUUUCUGAAAACCAGAAGGCCGAUUUGACCCACUUCGGAUGGCCAUACACUUAUCUUGGGCUUGCCGUACCUAACGUACCAAAUCUUCUCUUGAUCCACGGGCCUCACGGCACCGGUCCGUCCGGCACUGUUCCACAUAGUGUCGAAGUACAGGUGACGUACUACGCCAAAGUUCUGCGCAAAGCGUCUUCGCAAGGUAUCAAGGCGAUGUGGCCGUCCAAACGGGCGGCGGACGACUUCGUCGCGUACGCCGACGCAUUCUUCCCCAAGACCGUGCUGACGGAUAACUGCCGCUCGUGGGCCAACGGAGGCAAACCUGGGGGGAGAAUCCACGGUAUAUGGCCCGGUAGCGCCGGCCAUGUCACGCUGGUUCGUAAAGAACCAAGAUGGGAGGACUGGGAGUAUGAGUACUUACACGAGAGUGGGAACAGGUUUGCACAUUGGUUGGGGAAUGGAUGGACUCUGAAGGAGCGAGAUGAAAGUCAAGACAUGACGCCGUACUUGAAGCUUGAGGGGACGGCGGAUUUGAAGGCGAUACAUGAGGAGUGGUGGGAAUGGACAGAGAGCUGA